AUGACAACGAUUUCUUCUCUUCCGGAGGAAUUGGUAGAAGAAAUACUCUCUAGGGUCCAGGUUACAUCUCUGAAACUUGUACGAUCUACUUGCAAACAAUGGAACGCUUUAGUGAAAAAGAACCAAAGAUUCACGGACAAGCACUUUCGCGAAGCUGCAAAGUCUACGGUUCUCAUCUUGAAGGAUCAUAGGUUUUUCCCACUGAGUAUCAACCUCGACGUUGCUGCUACAACCAUAGAGUUUAAGAAUUCACUUAGCCCAGAGGCUCCCCAUUCUAACUCAGAAGACGACAAAGUUUUUCAUUGCGACGGUUUGUUGUUAUGCAUCACCAAAGAUAAAAGACUCGUGGUUUGGAAUCCGUAUUUGGGGGUAACAAGGUGGAUCCAAGUCCCAUUAAAAACUGAACGCAUGAGGUGUUUUCUUGGAUACCAAGAUAACAAAUCUUGUCGUAGCUACAAAAUCUUGAGGUGUUGGUAUCUUGGCAAGUACGAACCAUACUACUCUGCUACGUUUCAAAUCUAUGACUUCAGCUCUGAUUCAUGGAGGGUUCUUGAUUCUGUAUUUCUCAACUGGUACACACAAUUAAAUACUAGUGGAAUAUGUUUGAAAGGAAAUACUUACUGGAUUGCUUCAUCAGAGGAUGAAGAAAAUAGUGAUUUCUUAAUCCGUAUAUUUAGACGUUUCUCUCUUCCACCAACUGAAGAUUUGAUAUGGAGCAAAUCCUUUACAGUUGAUUUACCAAAUAAUCUCGGUUAUUUUCCGGAUAGUGUAAGUUAUAUAAUCGAUGAGGAGAAGAAAGUGGUUCUGUUUGGGAAUGCACGUAGCUUUAAGACCUACGAGAGCGUGGUAGUCAUAAUUGGAGAGGACGGUCAAUAUCACACACAAGUCCCUUACGUUGAAUCCAAAAAUCCGGGGUGUUCUUUUCUAUUUAAUUGUGUUCCAAGUUUGUCAAAUCCAGCAAGGUGGUCGGAAGUGCUAAAUACCAUGAAACCAGGAUUUAAAGGUGAUAUUCGCUCGUUUGGGGAAGGGAACCAGAUGUUGCGUAGCACUUAUGAUAUGCUUAUAUCGCUUAACUCUGAUACAUGCUGUUGGUAUGAUCGCGAUAUAAAAACAAGAAGAGCAUAUGCAAGUCUAAUCUUAAGGUUAGUGGAGGAAGUUAAGUUUGCUAGACGUGGUGAGCCUCCGUCUUAUGAAUUGGACGAGAUGAAACGAGUAUUGGAGAUGGAAGUGAACUUUUGGGACUCUGUUAAAUGA